CUCAUCCAAAAUGCUCUCUCUAUCUUUUUCUCCGAUCCCAUUCUUAUCUAGCGGGUUUGCGUUCUGGUCUGCCUGGUGGACAUGGAGAUUUAUUAUCUCCCCAAAAUUUCGUCCGAAACAACCUCGAGAGCUUCCCUAUUUUGUCCCAGGUGAGUGAAGUGAUCAUAUGUGGGAAACUUUUAGACUUUCAAUUAACUGCGAUAAUAGUCGUUGGUCAUGUCGUCGCCAUGUUCAGAGAUUCAAACAGUUUCUUCUCAUAUGCAAGGUUUGUGUCCAAUGAUAUAGCCUUUGUGCCGCUGAAUAACCUCAACAGUGGUUCUUUGAGCUGCACCAGAAAAAAGAAUUGCCGCUAACAUUGUAAAUAUUCUAGGGAGUACUUUGGAAAUACUCGAGAGAUCUUUUCUGUAACAGUAAUGGGCCAACAGCUUCACAUAGUCAACUCGCCUAAAGACGUCCUUUCUGUUUACAAAAACUCCAAAGGUUUGGAUUUCAACCCUAUUAUCAAGGAAAUCAUGGCGUCUUUUGGUUUGAGGGCUUCGACUUUAGGUAAAAUGUUCGAUCUGGAUUCAAAUGGUAAAUUUUGGAUGGACACAGCCCAUGAAAAUUUCAAGCUCCAGAUGCAUCCUGGAGAAAGGCUUGACGAGCUCCAAACAACCUUUCUGGGAAAUAUCGACAAAUCUCUCAAUUGGGAAAAGCUGGCUGGCCCCAUGGUUUUAUCGGGUUACGGAGACGAAGUGAAAAUUGUUUCCUUAUUCAAGUGGUGCGGCGAGGUCCUCGUGAGUCCAAGUCAUUUCACAAUUGCAAUUUUCAACCCAAAGCGUUUCAUCUCCCAACAGCCGGAUGUUCUUUGUAAUACUGCCCUGGACCGAAUCAAAGUUUCGUUUCUUAUUUUUGUACGAAAAUGCUAAGACUCCCUCGUGGUUUUAGGUAGAUUCAGCCACCAGAGCCUUUUUUGGAGAUUCAAUCUUCCAUAUUGAUCCCAACCUACUUGCCGACUUUUUCGUCUUUGAUGGAGACAGUUGGAAACUCAGCUAUCAAUACCCAUACUUUGCUGCCAAAGACAUGUAUAAUGCCAAAAAGAAAGGAGAAACCGCGUUCACAAAAUACCUCGCACUACCAAGGGAGCAUCGAGAGGAUGCCUCGUGGGUGACAAAGUCAAUUGAGGAUGGUAUAGAAGGACUUGGUAUCUGA